AUGGGGGACGGGCCCGGUCAUGCACUCGAGCUCGUGCGCAAGUGGGGUGCCGUCCGUCACGAGCUCUUCCGGGAGGUGGCCAUCAACCUCGGACGCCUCCAGCGUGAGCACGCCAACGCGAAGGCCGAUGCAUCCCUCGCAACCUCGCGCGAGCCCAGCGCCUGGGCCUUGGAGGAGGCCAGGGAGGCAGACCACCACCGCGAGGUCGCCGAGAAGCACAGGCAGGAGAUCCUGGCCCUGAAUGCCUCCCUGGAGCAGCAAGUGGAGGCGCGUAGAGCUGCCUUGGCGUCGAUGAAGGGGGCACCAUCUGAUGAGGAGGAGAUCUUGAGGUGCGAGGAAGCGCUGAUGCUGGAGGCCACGGAGCGCAGCCUCGAGCUUGAGCGGUUGGACACGAGGGAGCGUCAGGUUGCCGAAGCGGAAGAUGCUGCCAGCGCGCGCGAGGUUAGGACCCAGGAGGAAGUUGACCGCAGGGUGGUCGAGGCUCGUGCUGAUCUUGCCAACAGGUACGACCUGAAGCUGAAGCUCGUGGAAGCCGAAGCUAAGGGCAGGACCGCCGCCCUCAGGUCAAGGUUUGCCGAGGCGGAGCAGCGCGAGAAGGCCACAGCAGCUGCCUUGAUCUCCAUGCAGGGCGAGUUGGCCUCCGCCCGUGCCGAGCUGCUCCCGCUGCAGCGGCGAGUUACCAACGCCGAGUCCUUUGCACAACAGAGCAGGGAAGAGGCGCUCCGCCGGCAGACAUUGCAGCGCGAGCACACUCCCAUGCUCUGGGACCUCAGGACGAGGGCCAACCAAGUGUUGGGUGCCAUUUGUGAUGAACACGCCCCUCAUCCCCACGCAGAAGACUAUGCCAACCACCUCCGCUUCUUCACUGAUGUCGUGACACGCCUGGAGAACCGGGCUGGGAGGGCUCGCGAGCUUGUCGAGGAGAAGAGCCAAGGCCUCCUCGGGCACAUGUUUUCCCGCGUUUUCAGCCAUCUCCAGAACAUCAAUCCUUACUUUGACUUUGAUGCCGCCAUCGCCCCGGUGCCCGAGGUCAUCCGGGACAACCUAGCGCGCUGGGUGCACGACAAUGAGGAUGCUCUGGUCAGGGCCUUUGCCUCUGAUGAUGACGCGGUGGUGGUCGUGCCGGAUGAGGGUGGCGUGGUUGAUGAUGGUGAAGAUAGCCCCAGCGACAGCGCCAGCAGCAUGUCUUGGAGUGAUUCGGAAGAUGCGGCGAGCAACAUGUCCGACUGA